ACUCAUUUGCUUGAAUUGGUGAUAUUCUGUUUAUCGGGGACCGCCCCAAAACACUUUCAAGCAAAAAGGAAGGGGUGAUCGUGUUUAGUAUAGCAAGAACGAUUAGAAGCCAAUCAGACAUAUCUAAUCACGGCCUUCUUGCGUAGUUCAGUGUGCGUGCAUCUGGUCGUUUGGAAACCCUCUGGAGUUUUUUUCUCUCUUCGCGACCCCAACUCCCCGAUGCAGUUGACAGAACACAACCCACUUUAGUCGGCAGUUGACACGCCAAUAUUGCGGUGGAGCUUAAUACAAACAGGAAGUAAUAGACGAUCGUGUUCACGUGCGUGUGUACAGGUAACACAGCUCAACCCCGGAUCGUUGGAUUUGUAUGAGACAAGCUGGGGAUGGAUUUGUUCGAGUUGAGAGCAAGACAAAUAUUGGCGUGAAAAGAGGAGGCGCAUCGACAUCUCUCAAUGUGCCCUCAUUCUGCCUUGUUUGGCGGUGCGUGAAAAGCCUGUCGACUCGACUCAAGAACCUGGCAGUGUGUGCCGGGUACACAUUGAAGUUUACACAGAGCAGCACGGCACUUGUCAAUUUGGGAAAGCCGGAUUCACACCUUAUGGUCAGCACUCGACGCUGGCAGUAUUUGUAAUUAACAGACAGAGCUGCAGCCGCAAACUUCGAAGUUUCAAACGUUAAAAUAAGAUUACCGAUUCCCUGUGGAUUUUAUUUCAGUUACAUUAUCAGACACACCGGUUAAACCGGCAUUGGUUUUACGAAAAUGCAUUUUGCUGUUAGAUUUCGGUAUUUGUUGGCGGUGAUGUUGAGUGGGAUGUGGUGUGCCAGAUCGGACGCGCAGAAUUUGAACAUGUUCGCGGCUCAACAGAAUCAGCCCGACCCGUGUUACAGCGAGCCAGGCGGUCAGCCCCGGCGCUGCGUUCCCGAUUUCGUCAACGCUGCGUUUGGGGUUCCCGUGGAGGCGUCAAGCACCUGUGGAACGCCGCCCAGUCGGUUCUGCGCAUUGUCAAGCGGGGAUGAAGGUGAGCGACAGCGGAACUGCUUCGUGUGCGACGCCAAUCAGCCCAAGAGGAGACAUCCUCCGGAGUUUCUUACCGACUUGCACAACCCCAAUAACCUGACGUGUUGGCAGUCGGAGCCCUUCACCUCCAACCCUCACAACGUCACUUUGCACCUAGCGCUGGAGAAGUUGUACGAGCUCACCUACAUCUCCUUGGAAUUCUGCUCUCUGCGUCCGGACUCCCUGUCCGUCCUCAAGUCGCAGGAUUACGGCAAGACGUGGCAGCCGUAUCACUACUACUCCAGCCAGUGCCGAAAGGUCUACGGGAAGACCAAGAAUGCGGCGAUUACAAAGCAGAACGAGCAGGAGGCCAUCUGUAGCGACAUCCAGAGCCCCGACCUGACGUCGGUAGCGGCGGCCGGUUCACGGGUCGCCUUCAGCACCUUGGAAGGUCGCCCCUCCGCCUUCGAUUUCGACAACAGCCCGGUCCUGCAGGACUGGGUGACAGCCACGGAUAUCAAGGUGAUCUUCAACCGUUUGCCAUCGCUGGGAGACGAGGAGUUAGACGACUCCAUCCGAGAGAGCUACUAUUACGCCGUGUCCGACUUCUCCGUCGGUGGCCGGUGCAAGUGCAACGGGCACGCGUCUCGGUGCAUCAAAGACCGGGACGGGAAUCGUGUCUGCGACUGCAAACACAACACAGCGGGAGCAGAGUGUGAGAUGUGCAAGCCGUUCCAUUACGACAGACCCUGGGCACGGGCAACCACCAAAGAAGCCAAUGAAUGUGUCCCCUGCAACUGCAACCUGCACGCUCGCAAGUGCCGCUUCAACAUGGAGCUGUACAAGCUGUCUGGACGCAAGAGCGGCGGGGUCUGCCUGAACUGCAGGCACAACACGGCGGGACGCUACUGCCACUACUGCAAGGAGGGGUUCUACAGAGACGAAGCCAAGCCCGUCACGCAUCGCAAGGCUUGCAAAGCUUGUAACUGCCACCCUGUGGGAUCAUCUGGCACGGUCUGCAACCAGACCACAGGCCAGUGUCCCUGCAAAGACGGCGUGACCGGACUAACAUGUAACCGGUGCGCCAAGGGCUACCAGCAGAGCCGAUCCACCGUCGCCCCCUGCAUAACUACUGUUGUGCCAAACCUAGAUGGACAGGAUCUUGAGUGGGGUCGCACUGAGAUCACAGGAAUUCCACCACCGGAACACUCCAUCACAAAUAGCCCUCCGCCAGAGGAACCUUCCCCAGAUGAGUGUCCAGACUGUUCAAAGAGCACCAAAAUCAGCCACAAGAGGUACUGCAGGACAGAUUACGUCAUUCAAGCCCACGUUCUCUCCCGAGAGAUGGGGAAUGACUUUGUCAAAUUCACCAUCAACGUCAUGUCGGUGUUCAAGCGCGGCAGCCAGCGCAUCCGACGCGGCGACCAGUUCCUGUACGUGCCGCGCCACGACCUCACCUGCAAGUGUCCCAAACUCAGGCUGGGGAAGAAGUACCUGAUCCUGGGCGACAACAACGAUAACGAGGACCAGGACGGACUUUACGCCGACAGGCACAGCAUCGUGCUGCAGUGGAAGGACGAGUGGAACCGGCGGAUGCGCAAAAUCCGACGGAAGGCGAGGUCCGGCGAGUGCUAGUGUUUGGAAAGAUAAAAGUGAGGCGGUUUCUGUUGAUUUGUUUCCCUUAGUCCACCAUAAAGAGGCAGUUUUGGAAGUCCUUUUUCCAAAUUUGACGGUAACCUUAUAGAUUAGUUUGAUGAGGCAAAUAUCGUGCUUUCCCGAAAAUGCCACCCAGCAGAUUCAGAAUGAGGCUAUGGUUAAACGUAGGCUGGUACCUAUCCGGUGUUAUCCUUGUUUAUCUUUGAUGUGUUCUUGGGGACAUGAAAAUAAGUUAACUUAAGGUUGGCAUCAGAUUUGCAGAAAACUUAUUCUGUAAAAAGAAAUGCAUACAACAUUUCAACACUUUAAUUUUACUAGAGGCCUCUCACUACAGUUAAUGGUAAAGUGCAUCUUCUCGAUUUUUUGGGAAGUUUUUUUGGGGGGUAUGGGCAUUGAUAAAAAUGCAGUCCAAAUAAUAAAUGAAAAUAAUUCAACCCUGAAAAACGCUUCCUGUAUCUUUCAAAAAUGGCUGAUGAACUGUUCACGUAAACAGGGUGCAGUAAGUCAAAAAUUUCUGUGUAACAUUUGGGUCAAAAAUCUGACGUCUUUGAUAUCAGUUUCAUUCUGUUGAAAGCAGUAUGGGAUAAUGUUAUAGGUGGACACAGAAAGGCUGAUAUAAUGGUAUGUGAAUAGUUUUUGAAUGAGAAAUUGUUUAAAUAAGAUAUUUUAGAGAAAAAAAAGUUAAACAAUUUGAUUGGCAUUGUAUAAAGGCGGCACAAUUGUAUCAUAUAAAAAUGCAUAGCUGUAUACUAUUUUGUGCGUUGUUUAAUAUUACUGUUGUAGAGACUGACUUGAUAUUUUCUCCCUAUUUCGUCUUGAGUAUCAUGGUUUAAAAUGCUACCAGACAUGUUUUCUUGUGAAAAUAAUACGCGGUUUAGUCUGGUGCACCCGCUUCCAAGGUUUUUUUGUAUGCCUUAUUCAUUUAUAGACAUGUAUUUGAUUUUUCCAUGAAUAAAAUGGUUUCAUUUAUUAAACCACUAUCUAUUUAAAGACAACACAGUUUGUAUAUAGAUUUUUUUUAUUUAAUCUUUCAUAUCUUGCUUUUAAUAUUUUCCUUUUUCUAUGUUGCUGACUGGUUUUUCAGUAAUUUUUUUCUUACAAAGAAAAAAUAACUGUGUACAUGUUGUAUUCAAUAGUGUAUUUACCUCCAUUCGCAUUCUUCGGUUUUUUAAGAUAAUGUAAAAUGACUUAAAAACGAGCUACAUUAUUCAUGUACAUCUCUAUUUAGUCUUCUUUUGAUAAAUUGUGUAUUCUGAGCUUCACAGAACUGCACCACUGACAAUGGGUGUAAUGGUUAAAUGUUCCCAGUGAUUAGUGUCAAAAAAUAUAUUUUAUUUUCUUUAUCAAAAAUACAUGUAUUACAACACUGAAUUUGUUUUUUUGUGAAUGAAGACGUGGACCCAAUAUCAUGGCACUGCUUAACAGUUAGCCGAAAAAAACUACUGCUUACUACAGCAGAAAAUAAUGCUGCUGCUUAAGCACCAUUUCGUAAUGUGGACGUGCUAAUGGCUGCGCGCCAAGGAGAUUUAUAUUGUUGCGUCACUGAUUUAAGCAACGCUUUCCUCUGGGGUUAAGCGUGCUUUUGCUGUGCUUACUGCUUACGGUAUCUAUGAACUAGAUGGAGGCUCGGUAAGUACAAAAUCACCUGUUAAGCAGCGCUACAAAAUUGGGCUUGUGUCCAAAUUGCACUUUUAAAAAGUUGCUGAUUUUGUAAGUUGGAGAUCGGUUGGUCAUUAUUGCAACAAAUGCUAACCUCGUUAAUGCACAGGACAGCAUCGGAUAUAUAUAUUUUUCACCUCAAUUUUCUGGAAACUUUUUAUUCCUGAGUCUCGGGUACAUUACCUGGUAGGCCCUAAUCAAAUUGUGACUUUCGUCUGCUUUUCGCAGAAAAAGAAUUGGGUUCCGUUAUACCACAAUACUCCAUGUACCGGAACAGCGUCUCCCAUAAUUAUUUGAAUUGUUCACAAAUUGAUUGAAAAACUUAUUUUAAUGAAACCAAAUUUUUACAUGUAUUGUGAAACGGAAUUGGGAUUUAAUUCCUAGGUGUUUCCUAAUUUUGACACAUUGUUUCACAAUGCUGGGAAGAGGAUGAUAUAAUACUGCGUCCACUUUCUUCCACGUGAGCUUCACAGAGUGUUGUAUCAAGAUGAAGUUAUCACCCAAAUAUGCCGCUUCAUUAACAAAACCAAAGAAUAAAUGUAACUUUGAUAUUAAGCCAAAUGCAUCUCAUUUAAGGUAACCGGUAAGAUGUGUCAUUUUGCAGAAAUACUUUUCAAGGAAAAGGCUGAGCUUUUGAAAUAAUUAUCUUGGACAUUCAUCGUAUUCACAUCGACAUACUACUCAUUUAUCUUCAGUGUACCUGCUCAGUAUUAGUGCUUCAUUCAAAACAAAUGUUUUUUUUUGCAAAAUUUCCCACCAAUUGGACAUAUAUUAAUAAAACACUGUACAUUAAACUGAA